AUGUCGACGCAGCAGCCAGAAUGGACUCAGGCGGCCUCUGAGUUGAUGGCCCGCACCGUCGCACUGGCACGCAAGAAGGCAAACGGUUAUCUCCACCCCGCGCACCUCGCCUACACCAUGUUUGAGGAUGAAAACAGUCUUGCCUCUCGUGUGUUGCGCAAGCUCAGUGCCGCCUCGGUGAAGGAGGCGCUAGAGGCCCGUGUCGAUGCGAUUCCCACGCAGACCCCUGCGCCAGCACAGCCGCGGCCCAAUUCGGACAUGAUGCGCGUGCUGAACACGGCGGAGCAGGAGCGUGUUGCCCUCGGUGAUACCCUCAUGGCAGCUGACCACUUCCUCCUGUCGCUCCACGAGAGCAAAGAGGUCGGCAAAAUCCUGGAUGCUGCAGGGGCUGGCAAGAAGGCGAUCCGCGCCACGCUGCUGGAGAUGCGCAAGGGUAAGAAGGUAACGUCGGACUUCCAAGACGAGAACUACGAGUCGCUGAACAAGUACGCAAUUGAUCUGUGCAAGCAGGCGGAGGACGGAAAGCUGGACCCGGUUAUUGGCCGCGCAGACGAGAUUCUGCGCACCAUACGCGUGCUGUCACGCCGCACGAAGAACAACCCGGUACUGAUUGGUGAACCUGGAGUUGGUAAGACUGCGAUUGUGGAGGGCAUUGCACAGCAGGUGGUGCGAGGCGACGUGCCAGACACCCUUGACGGCAUUCGCAUAUUCUCGCUGGAUAUGGGUGCGCUGGUCGCCGGUGCAAAAUACCGCGGCGAGUUCGAGGAGCGCCUGAAGUCCGUGCUGAGCGAGGUGAAAGAGAGUGACAGGAAGAUCAUCCUCUUCAUUGACGAGAUUCAUCUCGUGCUCGGCGCUGGCAAGUCGGACGGCGCGAUGGACGCCGCGAAUCUGCUGAAGCCGCUGCUGGCCCGUGGUGAGCUGCGUACCAUCGGGGCCACAACGCUCGAGGAGUAUCGCAAGUACGUGGAGAAGGACGCCGCCUUUGAGCGCCGCUUCAUGCCGGUGCACGUAAAUGAGCCGUCGGUCGAGGAGUGCACAAGCAUCCUGCGUGGGUUGAAGGACCGCUACGAGCAGCACCACGGUGUGCAGAUCACAGACAAGGCCGUUGUGGUGGCGGCGCAGCUGGCUGACCGCUACAUUACCAACCGCUUCCUUCCAGAUAAGGCGAUUGACCUGAUUGAUGAAGCUUGCGCGAACGUGCGCGUGACGCUGUCGUCGCGGCCAGCCGAGAUCGACGUUCUCGAGCGCAAGAAGCGCCAACUGGAGAUUGAGGAGAAGGCGCUACAGCGCGACAAGGACGCGUCGGCCAAGGAGCGGCUGAGUGCUGUGAAGGCAGAGAUUCAGAAGGUGGUGGAGAAACUCAGCCCACUUCUUCACAAGUACGAACAGGAGCGUGCCCGCAUCGACGAGCUGCAGGCAACGCAGGCGAAGCUAGACGAGAAGAAGGUGAAGCUGGAGCGGGCGGAGCGAAUGAGCGACAUGGAAACGGCCGCAGACCUCAAGUACAACGUUAUCCCAAUCCUUCAAGACAGGAUCCGAUCUCUCAAGGAGGCGAUCGAGAAACAGAAGGCGACGAUGCUGCAGGGCACCGUGACCGAGACGGACAUCGCCGGCGUUGUGUCGCGCUGGACCAAUAUCCCGGUGACGAAGCUGAGCCAGACCGAUCGCGAGCGCCUGCUGCACCUGGCCGACCAGCUGCACCUCCGUGUGAAGGGCCAGGAUGAGGCGGUGAACCGCGUCGCGGAGGCCAUUCUGCGCUCACGUGCCGGUCUGGCCCGCUCUGACCGACCCACCGGCUCUUUCCUGUUUCUCGGCCCGACCGGCGUGGGCAAGACAGAGCUGAGCAAGGCCGUUGCUGCGGAACUCUUCGACGACGCCAAGUACAUGGUACGACUGGACAUGAGCGAGUACAUGGAGCAACACUCUGUGGCGCGGCUGAUUGGCGCCCCACCGGGGUACGUUGGCCACGAAGAAGGCGGCCAGCUGACAGAGCCUGUGCGCCGCCGCCCGUACACGGUGGUGUUGUUGGAUGAGGUGGAGAAGGCUCACCCGAACGUCUUCAACGUGCUGCUGCAGGUGCUCGACGACGGGCGGCUGACUGACUCGCACGGCCGCACGGUCGACUUCUGCAAUGCGAUCAUCAUCAUGACAUCCAACUUGGGUUCGCAGUUCCUGCACAGCAUGGGCUCUUCACCAAAGGCCUACGAGGCAACACAGGCGCAGGUGAUGGGCGAGGUACGGAAGUUCUUCCGCCCAGAGUUCAUCAACCGACUGGAUGACAUCAUCCUCUUCCGUUCUCUGGGUUUCGACGAACUGACUGGCAUCGUCGACAUCAUCAUCGAGGAGCUCAAUGGCCGCCUCAAGGACCAGCUCAUCCGCGUCUCGCUCACAGACGAGGCUAAGCACUACGUCUUGGAGUCCGCCUUCGACGCCGAGAUGGGCGCUCGCCCGCUGCGGCGGUGGGUCGAGAAGAACAUCACCACGGAGCUCAGCCGCAUGAUUAUCUCGCAAGAGCUGUCGCCGAACAGCACGGUGAAAGUGAUUCUCGGCAGUCAUCAUAAAAAGUUGUCCUUCUCGGUGAAGCGGACGGCGGCGGCGCCAUGA